AUGGCCGAAUUAAGAAAUUUGCUCAUCUCGCAAGUUGAAAUCAUCGACUCGAUAAAGCGAGUCUUCGUUAACUUCAAGAAAUUAGCGAAAGCUAAUGUUACAUUAGCAAAGACGCAGGGGCGUCUUGCAACUCUGGAAACGCUUUGGACUUCCUGUCGAGGACUACACGUCAAGCUGCUGCAGGUCACAACUUUGGAGGUGCAGAAGACUGUCUCGUAUUUUCUGAAUGGAGACUUUCUGAGCGCCGAGGAGUACCACGACACGGCGGACCUUCUUCGCGAUACGAUAAGUCGACUCUCAAUUAAUCAAUCUCCGUCGUUAGAAAACAGUACUGAUUCUUCUAUUCGCGAGGGCGUUUAUAAUCACAAUUUUCAGUUGCCACGGAUCUUACUUCCGAAGUUUUCGGGCAAGUUCUCCGAAUGGGAGAGCUUUAAAAAUACUUUCGAGUCUCUUGUCGCGAGUAAUGAUUUUCUCGCGAACACGCAGAAAUUUUAUUACCUCAAAACGAGCGUCGUCGGUGACGCUGCCUCGAUUAUUAGUAAUUUAAAGAUUUCCGACGCUAAUUAUGAUUGA